UUGUGCGCAUUCGCAGUCGCACCGCGGGUCCGGUGACGUUCUAUUACUCGCUCACCAAUUAACUAUUACUCCCACAGUAUUACCCUCUCAACCAUUAACUAUUACUCCCUCUGUAUUACCCACUCAACCCUUAACUAUUACUCCCGCUGUAUUACCAACUCAACCCUUAACUAUUACUCCCGCUGUAUUACCGACUCCGGCCUGAUGUUACCGUUCCUGCUCCUGCUGCUGACACCGAGCCACGGGCUUGUUGCUGCUUCCAGACCUGGGGUGGUGCUGUUCUUGGCCGAUGACCUUGGCUACGGCGACCCGGGCUGCUUCGGGCACCCGAGCUCCCAGACCCCGAACCUGGACCGGCUGGCGGCGGAGGGCCGGAGAUUCAGCGACUUCUACAGCGCAGCCAGUGUCUGCAGCCCGUCCCGGGCAGCUUUGCUGACAGGCCGCUACCCCACUCGGUCAGGGGUUUAUCCAGGCGUUUUCUAUCCUUCGUCAAAGGGUGGUCUUCCACUAAAUGAAACCACCAUCGCUGAACUGCUGAAACAGCAAGGAUACAAAACAGCAAUGGUGGGUAAGUGGCAUUUGGGCUAUGGGCUCAAUGGGAGCUACUUACCCAUCCAUCAGGGUUUUGAUGAAUUCUUGGGCAUCCCCUACUCCCAUGAUCAGGGGCCCUGCCAGAACUUGACUUGUUUCCCACCAGACACCAAGUGCUACGGAAAGUGUGACCAAGGUGUGGUCCUUAUGCCCGUGUUCAAGGAUGACAAGAUUAUCCAGCAGCCGGUCUACUUUCCCAAGCUCACUCAACUGUAUGAUAACUUUGCAAGACACUUCAUUCUGAAAGCAGCAAAGCAGCAGAAACCAUUCUUCCUUUACUAUGCAUCACAUCAUACCCACUAUCCCCAAUUUGCUAGUGCUGGUUUCACAGGGAAGUCCAAGAGGGGCCCUCUGGGAGAUGCACUGAUGGAAUUUGACGCUUCGGUGGGGGUGAUAUUAAAUGCUAUACGAGAUGCUGGAGUGGAGAAUAAUACUCUUAUCUUCUUCACUAGUGACAAUGGCCCGGAGCUGAGGCGACAGUCGCGUGGCGGGAAUGCAGGGCUGUUGAAGUGUGGCAAAGGCACAACAUACGAUGGGGGAAUGAGGGAACCUGCUAUUGCCUAUUGGCCUGGUCGGAUCACUCCAGGUGUAACCCAUGAGCUGGCCAGCACCCUGGACAUCCUUCCGACAAUUGCCAGCCUCUCCGGUGCAAAGCCUCCACAGGUCAAGCUGGAUGGAUAUGACAUGAGUGAUAUCCUCUUCAAUAAUGGCAAGAGCAAGCGGAAGACCAUGUUUUACUAUCCAGUCACCCCCAGUGAAAAACUGGGAGUUUUUGCUGUGCGUUAUGGAAAGUACAAGGCUCAUUACUACACUCAAGGUUCCAUUCUCAGUGAUACCAGCCCAGAUGAGUCCUGCCACUGGACUGCACCGAUCACGCGUCACAUACCUCCUCUGCUCUUUGACUUAGAGGCAGAUCCUUCUGAGAACUAUCAUCUCAGCUGCUAUGAGCUUCCCACUUUCACCUCGAUAAUCGAACAGAUCCAGAAAGAAACAAUCAAACUUGAGUCUGGAAUGGAGUUUGGAGAAAGCCAAAUGGAGAGGGGAUUUGACCCUGAACUUGAGCCUUGUAUUAAACCUGGUUGCAAGCCACGACCUCAGUGCUGUCAACAGACUUAGCCUGGAAGAAGGAAGGAAAGCAAAAUACAACCUAGCAAUUGUAUUACUAACACUUUCUAAUCUCAUGCUGAAGCUAUCCCCUGCGGCUGAUUUGGAACAGGGAGAAAACUCCAGCAGAGUCCUGGCUGCCUAGAAUCUGUGGUUAAAUCUUUGGGUGCACAUGUGUAAUUGAGGAUGAAGUAAAGAGCUUCACAUCCUUGUCAGGAAGGAAAUUCCCAGUAAAGAUGAGUCUUGUUUCGUGGUCCUGUUAAAAAUUAAAUCAUUGCAGUGAAUUUUAUUAAUCACAGCUUCCUCACUAUUUAUUUGUUUGGCCAGUUGACACUAUAAUACUGCAAUCCUAAUCUCCAAGUCUCCCAUUCUACCCACUCUGCCUGUGAUCCUCACUUCUUUAAAAUUGAGAUGCAAAAUAAUUUAAACUGAUUUUUCUUUUAAAAAAACCUCAAAACUAUAAAAUUCUUCCCCUCAUUUAUCUCUUCUUCUCCCGAUAACUUGCUGGCUUUCAAAAAAUCAUCUAAUCAAUAUUUUACUUCAUCUUCUCAAGUUCAUGCAUCCGUCUUGGUCUUGGGUAAGGGUACUCUUGCUUUUCCUCUGGAGUGUUAUGAUCUUGGACCAGACUGCCAUUCUUAUAUUAUGAUCUUGCUAAGAAUUAGUAACUUUUUCUUUAAAGUGGACAAAAGUGUGACAUCCCAGGUCCUUACUAAAGGAAUAAUAAUGCAAGAUCCCAAAGUUUUAUUCAAACAACAAGCAUUACUCUAUAAACUUAGAACAAUAAUACAAUCCACAAUAUAUAUACAAUUUUUAUUCUAACAUGAAGCAUUAACCUGAGUUAAAUAUGGUUCACGGACAAACCCUAUAGAAGUAUCAAAUAGCAAAUAUGUGCAAGACAGAUCCCAUCGAUUUCUUAGCAACCUCCCUGGACAUUGAUAGUCAGUCAUCAAAUCUCUUUAAAAUUUAAACAUUCUUAAAAUCGUAGAAUCCCUACAGUGUGGAAGCAGGCUAUUUGGCCCAUCGAGGUCACACCGACCCUCUGAAGAGCAUCCCACCCAAACCGACCCUGUCCCCACGACCCUACAUUCCCUGUGGCUAAUCCACCUAGCCUGCACAUCUUUGGACUGUGGGAGGAAGCCAGAACACCUAGAGGAAACCCACGCAGACACGGGGAGAAGGUGCA